UUAAAGUAUGGCGGUUCUUAGGAAAAAAGGAAAGUCACAGUGGAAAUAUUUAAAUGUGCAAUUCGUAAUCGAAUGGAUAAAAAUACUGUUGUUUGAUCCAAGUAAGACCUGGGUGGUGGGCCUUGUUCUUUUGUUUGCAGAGAUUGUGGUAAAUGUUAUGGUCAUCUGGAAAAUCAAAUAUACAGAGAUAGAUUGGGAAGCAUACAUGGAAGAAGUUGAGGGAGUUAUAAAUGGAACAUAUGAUUACAGAUUCCUGAAAGGAGCAACAGGUCCAUUGGUUUAUCCAGCAGGAUUUGUCUACCUCUUUGCUGGAUUGUAUUAUCUUACUGGUCAUGGAACAGACAUCAAGACUGCACAGUACAUUUUUGCUGUUCUAUAUAUACUCACCCUAGUGAGUGUAUUUGCAAUUUAUCAAAAAACCUCUUCUGUUCCACCAUAUGCCUUCUUCUUCAUGUGUUGCACAUCGUAUAGAAUCCACUCAAUUUUCAUUCUUCGUCUUUUCAAUGACCCUGUGGCAAUGUUUCUCCUCUAUGUCGCAGUCAACUGCUUUCUGCAUGACAGAUGGAAUUUAGGAUGCAUUAUAUUCAGCCUGGCUGUGAGUGUGAAGAUGAACGUUCUCCUCUUUGCUCCUGGUCUGUUGCUGCUCUUGUUACAAACCUUCGGAGUUUGGUGGACAGUGCCCAGACUUGCUCUAUGUGCUUUGAUUCAACUUGUUCUUGGCCUUCCUUUUCUAUUGGAUAAUCCCAUCAGUUACAUCACUAUGGCUUUCAACUUGGGCCGGCAGUUUAUAUUCAAGUGGACUGUUAAUUGGAGAUUUUUACCAGAGUGGCUUUUUCUGAAUCGUUAUUUUCAUGUUGGUCUUCUCUUGUGUCACAUUACACUUUUGAUUUUAUUUUACUUAUACAAGUGGACAAGAAAAUCAGAAUCUUUACAGAGUUAUUUAAGAACAUCUUUUCAAGGAGAAGCUCUAACUUCUAAUCAGAUUGUUUAUGUGUUAUUUGUGUCUAAUUUCAUCGGCAUGACCUUUUCUCGGUCGCUUCAUUACCAAUUUUAUGUGUGGUAUUUUCACACUCUUUUGUUCCUGUUGUGGAAGACCAAUCUAUGGAUAUCGGCCAGGCUCCUUAUUCUUGGGGUCAUAGAGCUGUGUUGGAAUACGUACCCAUCUACUGUGAUAAGCUCCAUAUCCUUACACAUCUGUCACGCCGCAAUCUUAGGGGCCCUGUGGCACGCUGAACCUUUAUUUACAAAGAAAACCGGCUCCAGGGAAGAAAACAAGAAAGAGUGAAUGUUUCAAAUGUUUGUAAAAUGAAAAAUAAUCAACUCUGUCGGUUUUUGACGAGAAAUGAUGAAUCCUUCCUGAUGAAAGUAAUUUGAAAUAGAGAUACGUUAAUAUAACUUUUUUUGUAGUAGUACUGAAUACAAAUUUAAUAGAAAGUAACAUGUCUACCAGAAUUCGAUUGUUUGAUUCUUUUGUGAAUUUUAAGCAAACCACAUUUCUAGCAAGAACAUGACUGCAGAGCCCAAUAAGCCCAGUAAACGCGUUUCUCCAGAAAGCUGAAAACAUAACAGGAAACCAUGAUUCGUUUCUCUUUCAACGUUCAAAAUUCGAUAGUUUAUCUCUUUUAAAAGGUAGGAUUCACUUCUACCAAGAAAAACGUCCUGGCUAAAGGUGAAUCUGGUUGUGGAGAAGAAAUAAACAGAUAUUUUUGACGA